UUAAUUUGACACACACAUUUAUUAUUAUUUAUUAUUAAAAAUGGCAGGUUUUGCAAAUAUGAAUCGUUUGACCGGUUCAAUAACAAGUUUAACAAAAUUAUUAACAAAUCUUACUGUGUCAUCUUCUCUCGUUAUAAAUAAUACAACAAAAUGUGUUGUUCCAAGAAUAUGUAUGAGUCAAGUGUCAUGUAUCAGUACAACACCAAAAAAUAAUGAUUUAAUGGAAUUUUUUGAUGCUGAAAAAUAUUGGGGAGCUAAAGUUGUUAAAGUUGGACGUUCAUGGCUUAAAGAUGAGUUGAGAUUAAAAAGCAAUGAAGAUCUUCAUAAACUUUGGUAUAUAUUGUUGAAAGAAAAAAAUAUGCUGUUAACAAUGGAACAUGCAUGCAAAGAAGCAUUUGAAUAUUUUCCAAGUCCAGAAAGACUUGACAAAGUUGAAGAGAGCAUGGAAAAUCUUGAGACAGUUGUACGUGAAAGAAAUAUUGCAUAUCAUCAAUUAGAAACUGGUGAAUCUGGUGAACGAAAAGCUAGAAUUGUUUAUAAUCAACUUGGUACACGUAUGGCAUACAGAUCACUUCAGCAUGUUAUGCCACAAUUUAUGAAUACAUCAUGGCAAAAAAGGCAUAUAUUUAGAUUUGGAGGACGUGCUGUUGCGAAAUUCCGUAGACGUUAUCAUGAAAAAUUAUUCUUGGAAAAAAGAAAAGCAAGACAACGUGAACAAAAUGCAGUUAAAUUAAUUUUACAACAAAACAAAGAUGUUGAUAUGGAUGCAAUCAAAGAAAAAUAUCCUAGUGUUGAUCUUGAAAGAUUAAAACACACCAAGUAUGCCCAGGGUCAUUUUAUACGUCAUUUUAAAUGAAACAAUUUUUAAAUAUGUAUAUUGUAAGAUUUUCAUUUAAAUAAUUAAUAAAUUACUAAAAUUAUGAAAAU